AUGGGGAUUUGCUUGAGCAACCAAAUCAAGGCUGAGAACCCAUCUGACACUGGUACAGGUCUAAUGGGGAUUUGCUUGAGCAACCAAAUCAAGGCUGAGAACCCAUCUGACACUGGUACAGGGGUAAGUUCUAAAAUUGUCAGCAGAGAUGGGACUGAAAUGAGUAAUUCGAGUGGCAAGGUUUCAUCUGCCUCUAUACCCCAGACUCCUAAGAGUGAGGGUGAGAUCUUGCAGUCCUCCAAUUUAAAGAGCUUCACUUUCAGCGAACUCAAAACGGCCACCAGAAACUUCCGCCCUGAUAGUGUAGUAGGAGAAGGUGGAUUUGGUUCUGUGUUUAAAGGGUGGGUUGACGAGCAGUCGCUUGCCGCUUCAAAGCCUGGAACUGGGAUGGUGAUAGCAGUUAAGAAGCUGAACCAAGAAGGGUGGCAGGGACACAAGGAGUGGUUGGCAGAAAUCAACUAUCUUGGGCAGUUGCAUCAUCCUAAUCUUGUGAAAUUGAUCGGUUACUGCUUAGAGGAUGACCACAGGCUUUUGGUUUAUGAGUUCAUGCCAAAGGGCAGCAUGGAAAAUCAUUUAUUCAGGAGAGGGUCUUACUUCCAGCCACUUUCUUGGAGCCUUCGAAUGAAAGUUGCUCUUGGUGCUGCAAGGGGGCUUGCUUUUCUUCACAGUAAUGAACCUAAAGUUAUAUAUCGGGACUUCAAGACUUCUAAUAUCCUGCUUGACUCGAACUACAAUGCAAAACUUUCUGAUUUUGGGUUGGCCAGGGAUGGGCCAACUGGUGAUAAGAGCUAUGUCUCUACUAGGGUUAUGGGGACCUAUGGAUAUGCUGCUCCAGAAUAUCUAUCGACAGGUCAUCUAACUGCCAAGAGCGACGUCUACAGCUUUGGAGUGGUUCUUUUAGAAAUUUUAUCUGGCAAAAAAGCAAUAGACAAGAAUAGGCCAACUGGAGAACACAACCUAGUGGAGUGGGCAAAACCUUACCUGACCAACAAACGUAGAAUCUUCCGCGUUCUAGAUGGCCGUCUUGAAGGUCAGUAUUCACUUGGUCGGGCCAUGAAAGCAGUUAACCUUGCAGUUCAAUGCCUGUGUAUGGAACCCAAGUUGAGGCCGACCAUGGAUGAGGUGGUCACAACAUUAGAGCAGCUUCAGGAUCAAAAAGACCAACAAUUAAAUCGUCAGUCCCAUUCCAAUGUUGGACCUCGAUCCUGUAGAAGCAGUGCAGAGGAAGAUCCUGGAGCAACCGGUUAUCCCAGACCAUCUUCUUCUCCUCUUUAUGCUUAGAAUGGUCGAAGGAAGAAGAAGAAAAAGAAAAAGACUUUUUUGAUGCGGCAGUAACUUAUUUCCUAAUUUUGGGAUUUCGGGCAUGUAUUGUACCUUAUAUUUUUCAAGGUAUUGUAUAGUUCUUAUUGUGUUUAUGUGCUUGAAAAUCUACCUUUUGACGAACCUUAUGCUACAACUGGAUUCAUGAGAAGCUGUGUAUAUUUGCAUUGGUUUACACUUUGCGGAAUAUUUAUUCACAUUGCUUGGAAAUCAAAGUUGUCCUCAUGGACAAAGGAUAAAACUUAAGAUUUUUC